AUGAAUCUCAAUUUUCGUAUUACUGCUACUCAAUCAUAUGCACGAAAAGAAUAUGACUACAUCAGACUAACUUGUUGUGGUCGUGCUGGUAGUAGUUGUAGUCGUGCUAGUAGUUGUACUCGCGCUGGUAGUUGUUGUAGUCGUGCUACUAGUUGUUGUACUCGUGCUGGUAGUUGUUGUAGUCGUGCUAGUAGUUGUUGUACUCUUGCUGGUAGUUGUUAUAGUCGUGCUACUAGUUGUUGUACUCGUGCUGGUAGUUGUUGUACUCGUGCUGAUAGUUGUUGUAGUCGUGCUAGUAGUUGUUGUACUCAUGCUGGUAGUUGCUUGAGAACUAGUAGUCACACUUGGUGA